CCUAAGUUACCCUUAAAGCUUUCAGCAAAUUUUUUUUUCGGUUAUUGCAAAGACAAAAUCUUGUAGCAGUAAAGGAAGCAACUACGCUCUGAACUUAACUCUUUCCUGAAGCAUAAAAGAAUUGUAAACAUCAGACAACAUGAGUAAAUAUAUUCAAAUUCUGAAGUAUAUGCUGUUUGCCUUCAAUUUAUUGUUCUGGACUGCAGGAUGUGCCAUAAUAGCCAUCGGAAUCUACUUUGUUGUUCAUAAAGUUUAUGGCUCUCUGUUUCCUGACAGUCCCUCUGUAACAAUUGGAAAUGUCUUCAUUUUGUUUGGCUGCAUUAUAAUGGUGUUUGGCUUUCUGGGAUGUAUGGGAGCAAUUAAAGAAAACAAAUGCUUACUUCUUAGUUUCUUCAUUUUGCUUCUGCUGAUUCUGUUAAUAGAAGUUGUGCUGGCAAUUGUCCUCUUUGUCUAUGAAAAAGAGAUAGAUCCGUAUGUAACAGAACAGCUAAGAAAAAGUUUUGAAAAUCAAAAACAAAGAAGAGAAAAUGCAUCUGUGUGGUAUAAUAUACAAGAGACUUUCAAAUGCUGUGGAAUCAAUGGUUCAUCAGAUUGGAACAAUACAAUUCCUGAUUCAUGUUGCAGUGAACACAAGAAUUGCACAAAACAAAAUGCAUUCAGUAAGGGAUGUGCUGCAGUUUUCAGGUCCUGGUUUGAAAACAAUUUCCUUUAUGUUGGAAUAGCUACCAUCUGCGUUUCUAUAAUAGAGGUCCUAGGAUUGUCUUUCGCAUUUACAUUAUACUGUCACAUUUCCAGAAGCAGUGGUUCAUUUAAUAAAUAGAAAAGGAAAGAACAAGCUCUAGAUGAUCAUCAGAUCACUGUCUUACUCUGUAAACCUACACUUUUUACACAUUUGUGAUCACAGCUUUCCAUAUAGACAUUUUCAGUCAACACCAAGCCCACUUUAACUGCAGCGUAUGUUGUAGUAUUUCUUAACAAAUUGGUUAAAAGGUAACCUUGUCACAAGUUUUUAGGCCUCUAAAUCAUGUCAGUGAACUGGACAGUACUAGUAUUCUUAAAAUAAUCGGCCCAAUGCUGCUUAGAACGAAUUCUGGAGGUAUACACAGUCCAGUCCCUUAUACGCUGUGUGUACUGUAAAUCAACCUUCUACAUUAUGCACCACCAGUCAGAUUGUCCAAGGACAUCUUUAGAACACUAUUGCCAUCCAGUAAACAACAUGGUGGCAGCUUAGGUAGCAAAAGCCUGUGACAGGUUUCCGUUAGGACAAUGACAUGGAUAGAUGAAAGUAAUUGCUGUACAUAAUGUGCAGGGUUGUACUGCUUUAGUAAUCCUCUAUUAUCUCUGUGUUGUGCCUGGUAAGUCAUGCAUCAAUCAGGAUCUGUUCAAACUAGUGUCAUGGUUUCAGUUGUGAACAAGUUUUGAUGGAUCCAUUUUAAAAAUGUUCCUGACAUGGACAGAGGUGUCAGCAGAGAGCACUGAGGUCAGACUGAAAAGAACUACUUAACUUCCUCUGGAGCAUACAGCAGCUGAUAAGUACUGGAAGUAUUAAGAUUUUUUAAUAGAAGUAAUUUACAAGUCUGUUUAACUUUCUGGCACCAGUUAAUUUAAACCAGAGUACCCCUUUAAAGAGGUUAUUUAGUAUAACUAAACUAUCCACAGGGUAGGGGAUAAGUGUCAGUUCCAUGGGGGUCCGACAGCUGGAAGUUGUGGCUGCCACACCCCCUCCAUGUAUCUCUAACGGAAAGCCAAAGAUACAUCGUUCGGGUAUCUCCAGCUCUCCCAAAGAAACAAAUGGAGGGGAUGUGUUGUCAGUAAGUCGGGAGAUCACGGGGGGGGGGGGGGGGGGGGUGUCUAAGCAGUCAGACCCCUCGCAAUCCUGCAGAUAGGGGAUACGCUUUGUUAUACUG